AUGUUUGGUAAACCUUUCGAAGAUAUUCAAGCAACGCUUACGGUCAAUAGUGCUGUCGGUGAUGGUGUACAUGUAGAUGAGCUGUCAUUGUCGAAUUCACUUCGUAAAAAAUCGGAAGUUUACAUUGAUGAGAUUUUGAAAGAUUAUAAUCAUGUACUUUUUGAUGAUUGGGGAAGUGCUAAUCUUGGAGAUGGGUUGGAAUGUGAAUGGGUUUACGUUAAAAAAGAAGAAAAAAAUGGCGACAAGAAAAAAUAUGAUAAGGUUAUUUUGUACUUGCAUGGUGGUGGAUAUAUUUUCGCAUCACCCGGUGCUUAUCGAAGUUAUACUUCUAAAGUUGCAAAAUCUACAAAUGCAAGACUAUUUGUACCAAAUUAUAGACUUGCACCACAAAGUCAAUUUCCUGCCGCUUUACAUGAUUCCAUAACUGCCUACAAGUAUCUUAUUGAUCCACCAAAAGAUGCGGAUUUUCUACCAAUUGAACCUAAAAAUAUUAUAAUUAUGGGUGAUAGGGGGGUGCUUAGCUCUGAAGUUUGUGAAUUUGCAUCAUUGUCAAGGAGAUGUAUUAAAGCCAGUGGCACCAACAAUUUGUUUAUUUCACCAACAACAAUCAAUGAAGUGACCAACUUGGAAAUUGCUAACAACAACUCUAUCAAGCCAAUAGGAUGGCUCUUCAAAAUGACCAGUGCUUGA